UUUGUCCAAAACCACGAUUCCUAGCACUUCUUUCACACGAGACCUGGAUAAGAAACAGGAGUACUGAAGAUGAGGUUGGCUGCUAUAGUUUUUGUGGGUCUGCUUGCAGUGUGUUGUGGGCAGUAUGAUACAUACUACUGCAGAUAUUUAACUAAUGCCAACUGUAUAUCCAAACCAGAGGAUCUGCAAUGUGGUACAGAUGGAAACACAUACUAUAACGACUGUGACCUAUCAAAGGCCCAUUGCAAAAACAAUGCGAUCCACAGAAAGUACAAGGGGCCCUGUCCAAAUGAUGGCAGCACCACCACUAAACCUGUAGUUGGUGGCACCACCCAGAUGCCAAUCACAAAUGGCCCCACUCAGAAACCAGUCAAUGGAUCAGAAAUAGCUUUUAGCAUUUUUUGCCUGGAUUUGUUUCACCAUGACUGUUCCAAUGAAAUGACCGAGGCUCUGUGUGCCUCUAACGGGCAGACAUACCAGAAUCUAUGUGAAUAUGAAAAGACAAAAUGCACACACAGAGACUUACAUAUUGUAAAGAAUGCUCCUUGUAAUUAAUAAAAUAAAAUCCUCCAUUAUCAAA